CCGUCAUUAUGCAGCACAAAAUAAACAUUAACUAGGCCUCAGGCCAGGCCUACCUCUGACCUCUUCGUUGCCUGACACGCUGAAAAUCGAUCCCUCACCUUCCUCUAAGCCUGUUCCCGGCUUAAUUUCAAGGUGGUCUGCACAAGAAAAAGGACAGGACGCGAAUGCGACCCCAUUUUCGCUUUCUGCCUACUGGAGUGGUUGCCAGUACCCUUUGCAGAUCGAGACAUUUGAGGUUCUUUUCUUUAGGCUCAAUUAAAAUGGCUUCAAGUCCGAAGAGAGCAAAGCUUUCGGAUGAAGAAAGAAGCUCAGUCCUUGGUCCACUGAAAGAAGCAGGCUGGACAAUGGUGGAAGGACGUGAUGCUAUCUACAAGGAGUUUCUCUUUAAGGAUUUCAAUCAGGCUUUUGGAUUUAUGACCAGAGUUGGCUUGAAGGCGGACAAAAUGGAUCACCACCCAGAAUGGUUCAAUGUUUACAACAAGGUUCAGAUUACCUUGAGUACCCAUGAUGUUGGGGGUUUGUCUCAAAGGGACGUUACCUUGGCGAAGUUCAUUGAGGAAGUGGCUAAAUAAUUCACAGUUAGACAUGAGUCAAAUCUUCCCUGGCCAUAUCAAAAUGUUGAAUGUGCAGUAGUAAUCAAGAUCUGUUGUUUGGCAAUUUUCUGUUAAUGUUGUUUAGAACUAUGCAUUUAAUUGUAGAGCUUUGUUUCCGAGGCAGGAGGUAAUUUGUUGUAGAAUAACUGCCCUUUGCCAUGUUCCACAAUGUAGUGGAUUAUGAUUUUCAUCAUUUGAAGCCAAAACUAUUUCCAUGAUUAUAAAGUUGUUGUUGCUAGAUAGCUGAAUGUUUUAGUUAAAAUUGAGCAGCAUUAACACUGGUUUGAAUGUAGUAGAAGAGUUAAAUUGAAGGCCAUUUUAUUUAUUUGUGUCCUUUUAUUUGGAUGAAUGAUGAUUCCCUGUAUUUUACAUUCCGUUGUGAAUUGCCUAGUGAUUAUAUUAUAAUCCUGAAUAAAAUACUGCUGAUGUUUACUAUCAUCAUGACAUUUAUUAAAUUUAAUCACCAAUGAAUCUCUUCAUAAUAUUAAGAAAAAAAAGAUUUGAUUAUUUUUCUGUUGUUUCUUUUAAGUGCACAUGUUCAUUCGGCUCAUUGUUUACUUGUUAGCUGUUUAAUCUUUAAAAAAAUAUUAUUCAAAAAGAAAAAAUGGUUGUCAAAUUCCGUAUUCUCUCAGAUGUGUUCAAAAGUGCAGGUCACAGUUUGCAUGUGUUUCAAUACCUAUGCUGUUCUUUUCCUUUAUUUAUCUCUCAGAGUCAGAGCACAAAAUAACAAAUAAUUAUAUCGUUUACUUCGAUUUAGUUAGAGGUGGGGAAGGAAGGGAUGGGCUAAGAUGCACCUAAGUCAAAACGGUUGUGCUUCCCGAGUUUCAGAGUUGCAUCUGUAGUCAGGUUGGUAUUAUGUGACAUAGUAGAAACUGCCGUUGCAAUAAUAUUUUUGGGGUCAUUUUUGUUUUUCAGUGGCCUUAUUUUUUAUGACAUGGUAAUUGUUCUUGGUUUGCUGUUGAGCUUUGUUUUUGAUUGGUGUAGUUUCAGAGGAAGAGUGAGGUCUAGAAUGCCUGUUUGUGUAAUAAGUUUGUGUGGUGACUUUGUUAACAUCAAGUAAAAUAAUAAAUCCCAAGGACUUUACAUGUGUUUAAAAAUCUCAAGUUCUUUUUUGAAUGUUUUAAGAAUUUUUAGGACUGCUAUUACCACUGUACUGUUCAGACCCCGGCCACCACCUGUCUUUCACCUUGAGUGUAGGCUUUUGCGAUGCAUUUUGCUGCCUCGUCUGUUUUUCUGCUAGCCUCCGGUACAUUUUAGAGACAAUCUUUUGUAGGUUCUUUAUCAUCUGACACACAGUAAAACAGAUUUUACAACAUGCUUUUCAGCAAGCUGUUCAAAGGUUCUUUGCCCACAAAGCAAACUUUUUCCGAAGAGAUAAAAAGUAUCCUUUCGCGUCUUUUUCGUACUGGAACAUUCAUGAAAUGUCCUUUGAUGGCUCUCUAGCAGCCGUAAACUGUUUUCGAAAAAGGUGUUCGUGAUUAUCUCCACAUACUGCAAGGAAAGAAGACAUCAGACUCCGUAAUACCAUGUAACCCGUGGUAGCCUUCUGUUGGUCAUGAUUUUCAUCAUAUACCCAGUCUUGGCCUAGAAAAUGAAACAUGUUUAAAUUAUUUGAUUUUGGAAAAUUUUAAGUUUAUAAAAACUACCAAAAUGUUAGCUUUUGCUCCCCUGUGAAGGAAAAAUAAUGUAGCCGCCAAUAAAUGUAUCAAACUA